GCCCUAGACCCCUCCCCCUCGCCUCCCGUGGAUCAGCUGAGGCACCCGAGAUGUCUGUUGACAGCGGCGGCGGCUGUGUGGCCGGUUCCGGGAUCCGCGCAGGGCGGGGGAUGUGAGUCCUAUGGAGCAACCCGGAGAAGAGGAGCAGCAGCCACCGCAGGAGCCCUGGGGGAGGCUCCUUCGUCUAGGCGCGGAGGAGGACGAACCUCAAAUCCUUCUGUGGAAACGCGAGUGGACCAUCGGAAGGAGGAGAGGUUGUGACCUCUCUUUCCCCAGCAAUAAACUGGUCUCUGGAGAUCACUGUAAACUUAGAGUAGAUGACAAAUCUGGUCAGGUGACCCUGGAAGACACCAGCACCAAUGGAACAGUAAUCAACAAGCUGCAAGUUGUUAAGAAGCAGACUUACCCUUUACAGAGUGGGGAUAUCAUCUAUUUGGUAUACAGGAAGAAUGAGCCAGAACACAAUGUGGCAUACCUCUAUGAAUCUUUAAAUGAAAAACAAAGCUUGCCUCAAGAAUCCUUUGAAGCCAAUAAAGAAAAUAUGUUCCAUGUGACCAAAGACUCCUCAGGUCCAGGGCAGGGUGAUGACCUCCAGGUUCCACCAUUGUCACCCGUGGCUCAAACAUGCUUAGAGGAACCACAGCCAUCAACAUCGACAUCAGACCUCUUCCCCAUGGCCUCUACCUCUUCUUUGGAGCCAGAGCUGACCUCUGCAGGGCAAAAGCAUUCCUCUAGCUCUGGACUUGGGAAUGCAGGCAUUUCCCCAAAAGAAUGUAGUUCACUUAUUGCAAAUGGUGAACUCUCCAGCCUUUCUCCAGUUCUCCAAGACAAAGAAACACCCUUUUCUUUGGAAACUGAAGACCAUGAGGAAUUGGAGCCUGCCAAAAAAAGGAUGAAAGGAGAUGGGGAGCUUGACUUAAACCUGCAGUUAUUGAUUGCAGACCAGCAUGGAAAUGCGCAAACCUCACGUGAGGAUGUCAGAGUUGCCUCUGUGAAGCCAGACAAGAUGGAGGAGACACUAACCUGCAUCAUCUGUCAAGACCUUCUGCAUGACUGUGUGAGUUUGCAACCUUGUAUGCACACAUUUUGUGCGGCUUGCUACUCUGGCUGGAUGGAGCGUUCAUCUUUGUGCCCUACCUGCCGAUGUCCAGUGGAGCGGAUCUGCAAAAACCACAUCCUGAACAACCUUGUGGAAGCAUACCUUAUUCAGCACCCAGAUAAGAGUCGCAGUGAAGAAGAUCUGAGAAGUAUGGAUGCAAGGAAUAAAAUCACUCAAGAUAUGCUGCAACCCAAAGUCAGGAGGUCUUUCUCUGAUGAAGAGGGGAGUUCAGAGGACCUGCUAGAGCUGUCAGAUGUUGAUAGUGAAUCCUCAGACAUCAGUCAGCCAUAUAUUGUAUGCAGACAGUGUCCUGAAUACAGAAGGCAAGCAGUGCAGUCUCUUCCUUGCCCAGUCCCAGAUAACGCAGGAGCUACACAGGCCCUUGGUGGGGAAGCACCAUCAACAUCUGCUAGCUUGCCAGCAGCAGCCCAGGAUUAUAUGUGCCCUCUUCAAGGAAGCCACGCCAUAUGUACCUGUUGCUUCCAGCCUAUGCCUGAUCGGAGAGCUGAACGUGAGCAGGAUUCCAGUGUUGCUCCUCAGCAGUGUGCAGUGUGCCUGCAACCCUUCUGCCAUUUGUACUGGGGCUGCACCCGGACUGGCUGCUUUGGCUGCUUGGCUCCAUUCUGUGAGCUCAACCUGGGGGACAAGUGCUUGGAUGGAGUGCUGAACAAUAACAACUAUGAGUCGGACAUCCUGAAGAAUUACCUGGCAACCAGGGGUCUGACAUGGAAAAAUAUGUUGGCAGAGAGUCUCCUAGCUCUACAGCGGGGUGUAUUUCUACUGUCUGAUUACAGAGUCACUGGAAACACUGUACUGUGUUACUGCUGUGGUCUGCGCAGCUUCCGAGAGCUGACCUACCAGUAUCGGCAGAACAUUCCUGCUUCAGAGUUGCCAGUGACAGUAACAUCCCGUCCUGAUUGCUACUGGGGCCGUAACUGUCGCACUCAGGUGAAGGCUCACCAUGCAAUGAAAUUCAAUCACAUCUGUGAACAGACAAGGUUCAAGAACUGAGCGUUGAAGGAUACACAUAAAACAGUUCCAGAGCACAGGAGGCAAUAACACUAUGUUUUUAAAAAUACCACAUACAGACACUUUAAGGGCAUUUUUAGAGUUCUCCCUUUACAGUUCCAGCACUGGUUUCUGGUCAGGCACUCUGGUAUGGCCUUUCCCUCUGUGGAGCUUUAACCUCAGUGACAUACACACACACACACACACACCAUGUGCCCCAAUCACCUGGGAGGCCUACUGGUCACACUAGUCUCCUAGUCAGUGCCAGAAGACCAACAGACAGAUCUCUCUCCCAUUGGACAGCUCUCUCUGUGUGUGGUGAGGCCGUGACAGUGCAGGUUUAUACUUUUGUAUCUUUUAUACCUUGUACCUUGACUAUAGUUAAAAUGGAAAAGUUUCAUGGGAAAUGGAAAAGUUCAUGGGAAAAGGGGUCAGAUAUGUCAGAAGUAUCUAUGUAAGAAAAGGAAGCGUAAGUUUACAGCCUCCGGGGAUGUACAGGAUAUUCUUCUGUCUGGAAAGCCACAGCCUUUUGUAUAUUUUUUAUUUUAAUAGGUUUGGUGCUUAUCUUCUAAUAAGAUUUAACUAUUAAAAACUGUAGCACAAAUAUUAUAAUUUACAAAUUGACUGAAAUUGGGAAUAGUCUGAUAUUUGAAAGAAUGAGCAUAUGUUUCUGUAUUUAAAAAAAAAAUCAUUAAAUGUCCAAAACUGCUAAUCCUGAGGAGGAUAUUUUGAGUAUCCAGGUCCUUGACACAGGGCUGGCCUAUGCCUCUUACGCAGCAGGGUACAGCCUCUGCCCUUAGCCCUCCAGUCCCUGAGAGCAGACCCCUGCUGAAACUCCAGAUGGCUCCAGACUGAUAGGGCCUCUAUUUUCCAGCCCCUAUCCUGGUACAUUAGGUUUGUUAUGUCAUCUGGAAUAAUACUUGAAAUUUUGUUUUUCAUUUUUUUAAGCUUUAUCUUUUAUUGAAAUCACCUGUUGUGUUUGUUUGCAAACUGCUAACUUUUUGCUUCUCAGGAAUACAAUUUUCACCUGUUGUCUUGCUCUUGAUACAGACUGAGAGGCAGCACUAUGUAUUUGUGGGAGGUUCUCUUUUUUUGAUUCUAAUAAAUGAGCUGUGUUUGUUUCUC